AUGGCCUCCAACGCCGCGCCCGCCGCCGUCGCCGCACGCAAGCCCGGCCAGCCGGAGAAGAAGUACAAGUGCCAGUUCUGCAACCGCGCCUUCAGCAGAAGCGAGCAUCGCAGUCGCCACGAGCGCUCUCACACCAAAGAACGGCCGUUCAAGUGCCUCAAGUGCCGCAGCACCUUUGUGCGCCGCGACCUGCUCCUGCGCCACGACCGCACCGUUCACGCCAAAGACGGCGGCGCGCCGCUCCCCAGUGAGCAGAAGCGCCGCGCGAGCAACAAGGCGCAGGAGGCCGCCACACCCGGCCCCUCCAAGGGCGCGCUGCCCCUCGACACGCCCGCGCCCGACCAGUUCGACGCCGGCGAGGAUGCCAUGGUCGAUGUCGACAUCGAGACGGCCGCCAUGUUGAUGACCGACUUCCACCACAAGGCCAUGGCCAGCCAGGAGCCCGAGAUGGUCCUCGAUCAGCGCACCGAGCCCGUCAUCUCGCCGACCGGGCCCCAGCACAUGGGGUCGUCGGUGCCUCAGGUGCCAUACACCGCUCCCGGCCAGAACAUGCUGCCGCAGAUGCCAUGGCGGGACUCGAUGGUGCCCCAGCCCGAGCCUGAGCCGCAGCAGACAACGCAUUCUUCGUUCCGCCCGCACAGCCAUCUGGCGCCCAUGAUGGAGCGCACCAUGUCGGGAAACACAGCGCUUGCGCCCACCUUCCCCUCGAUGAGCGAGAACAACCUCGGUACACCCAACCCGCUGUCGCCGUACCCGUCGAUGCUGGGUCCUGUCUCACCAGUCGACUACCGCAAGUCGCCCGGCCCAAGCCAGGCCCUGACCAUGACCAGCGCACCGCAGCUCGAGUCGGAGGAACAGUGCCGCAGGGUCUACGAGAACAUCAAGCAGUACGACAGCGAGAACGCGCUCUUGGAUACUUUCCAUCUGCCCAGCCUGAAUACGCUGAACCGCCUGCUCAAGACGUACUUCGACCUGUUCCACCACCACUUGCCCUUCCUGCACCCGGCGACCUUCCACCCAACCGAGGUUGCUGCGCCUCUGCUGCUGGCCGUGCUCUCGAUCGGUGCUUUGUACAUCUUCGACCAAGACCAGGCCUACAUGCUCCACAUUGGCUCCAAGGUCCUUGUCAACCAGUUCCUGCAGAACAAGGAGAAUUUCAGCUCGCGCAAGUGUCCCUUGUGGACUAUGCAGAGCACUCUGCUGAACAUGCAGUUCUCCAGCUGGAGUGGCGAUCCAAAGGGUCUCGAGUGGGCCUGCUCGAUCAAGAGUCUCCUUGCGAACAUGGUCGCAGGAAACCGCUACGAGCUGAAGAUUCGCUCAGAAGCCCGCGAAGGUGCCCAGCCGAGCCAUCAGGAAUGGAUCGAGGACGAGCAGUGUCGCCGCACAUACUACGCUGUGUACAUAUUCUUUGGUCUCCUGACCCUCACGUACAACCACACACCAGCCAUGGGUUUCAACGAGUUUGACACACUGGAACUGCCGUCUUCAGAGUCUCUUUGGACCAUGGGCGGUGAUGAUGAGGAAGCAUGGCGCGAGGCCCUGGCUACAUCCAAGAUUAUAACAUUCCGUCAGGCGCACGACAACCUGUUCCAGGGUGAGACCGCCCGCUAUAGCGCAUUCGCAACUCGUGUCAUGAUCAAUGCUUUGUUCUUGGAGGUGUGGUACCACAAGCGCAGCCCCGAAGCCCUGCAGGACGUUGUUACCGAGUACAAGCUUCGCCUGGCGCUGGAGACCUGGGAGAAGUCACUGGAUCUGUGCGAGCCGGAGACCGUUGUGGUCCGUUUGAGCGCGCCGCAUAAGGGCCACCCCUUGAUCUUCAACGCUAUGGCGCUGUACCGCAACACACGCGCCCGUCUUGUCGUUGACUUGAAGUCCAUUCAGGAGGCUCUUCGCUACCACGAUUCGUAUGAAGUUGCCGCAGCUAUGACAAAUGCGCGUGACAAGGUUCAGCGCUCGCAGGAGAUGAUCAAGGUCAUCCAGGAAUGCUUCGACUGCAUCGAAGUCGCAGCUGUACAAGGCAUCCGCUGGGUCGCACGCACAUCUGCCACUAACUGGAGCAUUGAGCAUCCGCUUGCCGGAAUGGACCUUGUGGUGAUCCUUACACUCUGGCUGUACCGUCUGGAACACGACGAAGAGCCUGCUAACGAAGAAGAAUUGGCCAUGUACAACAAGUUGCGCAACUUAUUUGACGACGACUCUGUCGAUGUAUACGGCGCUAAGCUCAGCUCCACGGUUGCACGCUUGUGGGGAAGUAUGAUCGAUGAAGUGGUUGUGUGGGGUAUCACUAAGCUCAUGGGAGAAGCUUUCAAACUCCACUCACAAGCCCUCGUCGGCUACGAAGACGCAAUGUCGUCCAGAUCUGGGUCUGCCUCGCCCUUGGCAGCUGGGUCCGUCCAGGUCCUCGAGAUGCAGAUGGCUUAUUAG